AUGUCUAAUUCAUCAUCAAGUGACGAUUUCAAAUUUCUAAACUCAACCGUUAUGCAAAUGAACACCCUAUUUAAUCCAAAGAUCGCAAGCGCAAUUUUUGAUGUUUGUAACGAAGACGAAGCAGACGAUGUCGAGUCAAGUUCACGUGUACCUCGAAACAGGAGGGUUUUAUCACGAGAUCAUGCCGGAGCCGCGGUGCGUUUAUGGAAUGAUUACUUUUCUGAUGCACCCACUUUCCCGACCGAUUAUUUUCGAAGAAGAUUUCGAAUGCGCAAGCAUAUGUUUCUUCGUAUAUGCCAAGAUAUGCACAACUUUAGCGCCAUUGAACCAAUACCCAAACAUUUUCUAUUUUUUCAAAAAAGUGAAACCGAUUGUACUGGUAGGGUUGGUUUCAACAUUUUUCAAAAAUGUACUUCCGCCAUACGUCAAUUGGCGUAUGCUUCUAAUGCCGACCAAUUAGAUGAGUACUUACACAUGGGUCGUGCGACUUCAACUGAAUGCUUGCAUAACUUUUGCAAGUGUGUUUAUUAUUUAUAUAACACUGAGUACUUAAGAAGGCCGACAACUCAGGAUGUUCAACGUUUGGUAAGUAAGCAUGAAGAGAUUCAUGGUUUUCCUGGUAUGCUUGGUAGUAUUGAUUGUAUGCAUUGGGGUUGGAGAAACUGUCCGGUGGCUUGGCAAAGGCAGUACACACGAAGCGAUAAAGGACAUCCCACGAUCAUGCUUGAAGAUGUAACUUCGGCCCCCGAAUUGCAAUAUACUAUUAAUAACGAAGAGUUUACGAAGGGAUAUUAUCUAGCUGACGCUGCAAGAAAGGAUGUCGAACGAGCUUUCGGGGUGCUUCAAGGUCGUUGGGCAAUCCUUAAACAAGAUGCCCGCCCGCAUUCGGUGAACAAGAUAAAACGUAUGAUGUAUGCUUGUGUCAUUCUAUACAACAUGAUUGUUCAAGACAACGGUAAUGCAAUUUCCGACCUUGAGGAGGAUUAUUUGUCUGAUCCAACUAAUAUGCCAAGACGUACGUGGGAUGAAAGGGUUGCGACGCAAAUGCGAGUCGUCGGAGAGAUACGUGAUAGAAGGACGCACCAUCGACUUCGCAAUGCUCUAGUGGAUCAUGUUUGGCACCUUCCGGAAAAUUACCGUCAACGUUGA